UAAUUAAACUGAAAUAGCACCACGUACUAUUAGGUUUCCUUGUACAGAAGACACGUACACUGUUAUCACUAUUAGCAUCAAUGUUGUUAGCUAUUUGGAUCUCUGUUCAUCAUCGUUUCUCUCUGAAAAAAAUAUAAACUUAAAAUGAGUUUUAACAUUUUGGCAUUAUCACCAAAAUUGCUUCUCUGCAAAUUCUCAAGACCGUCGCCUAAAACACCAUUUCCAUACAACCCCAUCAUCAAGAGAUACAGUGAAAGCAACGGUCAGACUGAUGGGCAUGGAGUAGAAGAGAGAGCACCGUCAACAGCCGACGAAUUCAAGAGAGUGGCGGAGGAGAAGGCGAAAUCAGACGAAACAGCGGAUGAUCAACAAACUAUUGCUACUGAUCACAGUCGAGAGUCUGCUGAAGCUGUUGAGCAAAGGUCUAAAAAACAUGAUGAACCAGCUGAUGCUGAUUCUCGUAAAAAGGGGUGAUUUUAUUAUUAUUAUAUAGAUUAUUAGUUCUUAUAAUUUUAAUUUAUCUUCAGUUUUGUUUGUUUGUUCAAAGAGUCCAUUUCUG